GGCCCCGCCCCAGGAAGCUGUGGCUGGGGCGCGAAGGACGCAGAAGACCAUGGGCAACUCCAGGCUCUACACGCUGGUGCUGGUGCUGCAGCCUCAGCGAGUUCUGCUGGGCAUGAAGAAGAGGGGCUUUGGUGCUGGCCGAUGGAAUGGCUUCGGGGGCAAAGUGCAGGAAGGAGAGACCAUUGAGGAUGGAGCUAAGAGGGAGCUGCAGGAAGAGAGUGGCCUGACGGUAGAUGCACUGCACAAGGUGGGCCACAUCUCAUUUGAGUUUGUGGGUUCCCCCGAGCUGAUGGAUGUGCAUGUCUUCUCUACUGACCAUGUGCAUGGGACGCCCACAGAGAGUGACGAAAUGCGCCCUCAGUGGUUCCAACUGGACCAGAUUCCCUUUGCAGACAUGUGGCCUGAUGACAGCUACUGGUUCCCACUCCUGCUUCAGAAGAAGAAGUUCUGUGGGUAUUUCAAGUUCCAGGAUCAGGACACCAUCCUUGACUACUCGCUUCGUGAGGUGGAUGGAUUCUAAUACAGAGGCUUGGUGGAUUCUAGCCACACUCAGGUCACUACACAGCCACAAGCUGUCAGUCCAAGCCCACCACAGGAAGGACUGAUAUUUUGUUUGCGGAGUGUUGGGGUUGGAAAUGUGAAAUGUCACUGAUAUGCUACUAUGCUUGAAUACUUCAUCUCCACCUACUGGUCCUGUUUUGGAAGGUUGUGACCCCUUAGGAACAAUGAGGGAACUGAGUUACUGGGGUCAGAGAGAUGUGGGAUGGGCCCUAAGGUUUUAUAGGUAGGCCCCACUUCCCUGUCUGCUCUCUGCUUCCUCAUGAUGUGACCAGCCAUCUCAUGCCUUAUCUACCAUGAUGAACUGUAUCCCCUUGAUUGACCUAUGAGUCAAAAUAAACCUUUGCUCCCCUAA